AAACAUCAGAUCAAAGAAACAGAACACAAAUCAAGAAUUAAACCAAAGUCAAGUCACUCGAUAACACAAACAAUGUCUCUAAUUCCAAGCUUUUUCGGAGGACGAAGAUCAAACGUUUUUGAUCCCUUCUCGCUAGAUGCAUGGGAUCCAUUCGAAGGACUCUUCACUCCUUCCUCGUUAGCAAACGCAUCCGGUUCAACCGCUCGUGAAAUGGCAGCGUUUACAAACGCAAGAGUGGACUGGAAGGAGACUCCUGAGGCACACAUGUUCAAAGCCGACUUGCCUGGAUUGAAGAAAGAGGAAGUGAAGGUUGAGGUUGAAGACAAGAACAUACUUCAGAUAAGCGGAGAGAGGAGCAAGGAGAACGAAGAGAAGAGCGACAAAUGGCACCGUGUGGAGAGGGCAAGCGGGAAGUUUAUGAGGAGGUUUAAGUUACCUGAGAAUGCUAAGAUGGAAGAAGUGAAGGCGGCAAUGGAGAACGGUGUGCUUACGAUUACGGUGCCGAAAGCUCCUGAGAAGAAGCAUGAGGUCAAGUCUGUUGACAUCUCUGGCUAAGUCACUGUCGAUGAAUAUGAAGAACUGGAUAUUUGGUUUGUGGUAUAAACAGUGUGUUUGGUUUGCUUAAGUGUUUGUGUGGUUUUUUGGUUUGUUGUGUUGUGCAAUUGUUACUUGUUCUUGAAAUCAUGAAUGUAACAUGUUAAAUCAAUAAACAAAUGUUUCUUUAGUCG